UAGCUCCUCAAGCAUUUCAAGGAUAGGGAGCAGUUUGUAGCCGAGGGAACCCUUCUGCUGGAAUUUCAAGCACACUGGCAAAUUUUAAGCCCCUCUGACGCAGCAAGGCCACGUAGCCAGACAUUGGCUAAAAGCUGACAACCGUCGCUUUGCAACUAGGGACACGGCCGCCCCUGUGCUUCACACUCGGCUUGAUGCUGUGGGCGGAGGGAAAGGCCCUUCCACGAGCAAAACUGGGGACGACAGGGUGACAGCUUCCAUUCAGCCCUGCGUUCAUCUCAGCUAUCUUUAAAAAGUAUACACGACCCUUCAACACGUCCCUUCUUUUUCAGGCACAGCCCCACUCUAAAGGAGAAACUCAAACAUAAUCCCUUUUAUUGGCUUUGUUUUUUGCAACACCAGACCAACGACACAUGCACGUGUCCACCCACACUCUGUAACCCGGAAUCAUCUUACUUGAAUGCCCUGAACCGAAGGCGGUGAACCUAUGGCACGCAUGCCGUAUCGGGCGAUUUAUCAUCACUGAAAGCUCUAAAAGGCUCGCCAUCCCUGCCCCAGACACUUAGAGGUCAUCUCCAGUACCUGCAGCAGCCUGUGCGCAGGCUCACUUAUUGCUUUAACUUCACAGAUGAGGAGAGCAAGCCUCCAUGUACUCGGAGAUCCAGCGGGAGCGGGCGGACAUCGGGGGCCUGAUGGCCCGGCCGGAGUACAGAGAGUGGAACCCUGAGCUCAUCAAGCCCAAGAAGCUGCUGAACCCAGUGAAGGCCUCCCGGAGCCACCAGGAGCUGCACAGAGAGCUGCUCAUGAACCACCGAAGAGGCAUCGGAGUGGACAGCAAGCCCGAGCUGCAGCGGGUCCUGGAGCACCGCCGCCGGAACCAGCUCAUCAAGAAGAAGAAGGAGGAGCUGGAGGCCAAGCGGCUGCAGUGCCCCUUUGAACAGGAGCUGCUGCGGCGGCGGCAGCUGCUGAACCAGCUGGAAAAGCCACCGGAAAAGGAGGAGGACCACACUCCGGAAUUCAUCAAAGUCAGGGAAAACCUGAGGAGAAUCGCCACCCUGCCCAGCGAGGAGCGAGCACUGUAGGGACCCCCUCUGCAGCCCUCUGUACCCCACAGCCUAGUCCCGGGCCACUGACACUGCUCCUGUGGCUCCGUGGCUCCUGGGCAGCUAGGGACCCCUGAGCUUUUCCUUCUCAGCAUUUGCCCCUCCUGCCCCCAAAUGAAGCCACUGCUGGGAAAAAUGCCCCACGCCCUCCCGGGUUCUGGGCCAGCAGGGCAGACUAGAGGGGGACAGCACCCUCCCAGCCAGCACAGCCUCCGGGCCCUUGCAGCAGAGUGGCUGGCUCCUAGCAGGCCUGGUGAGCAGCUACCUGCGGUUUUGCAGAGUCUAGGUGUGGGGUAGAGCUGAGCUUAGGGCAGCUGCCUUGAAACCCACCAGGCAGAGAAAGGCUAAGUGGUCAAUGGUGAGGAAGGCAGGGCAGCCCGCAGGCAGCCAUCAAGGCCAGGAGGGAAGGGGGCGGCUCCGCCCGAACGCUGGGCUGGUUUCUCCUCCUGGGUCAGGCCCGUGGUCACACCUAGCCCGGCUGCAGUCCCGACAGUGCUGCUCCUGCUUCAUGUGCACAGGGAUCCUGGGAUCUUGUUAAAAUAGCUGUGGCGGUCAGUGUGGGACGGGCACGUCUUACAUGCUCCAGGUGAGGCAGCUUUGAGGACAGGCUGAGUGGCGAGGCCAGAGCAUUCGGGGGUGGUCUGGACGAGACACAGCACCCACUACCAUGGUCUUCCACCCUGGGGGUCACAAAGCCCCCUGGCACCCCAGGACUCCUCCUUCAUUCCCCACCCUGCCCGGGGACUCCUUCCACUGGCUUCCAAACUGUGUUGCUUAUGUGACUGUCACUGUCCCCAGAGAGCCCUAACUGCCAGUCUGCAUUUCCCAGAGUGUGGCCACACCAUUAUGUAAUUCUAGCCAAAAAGGAAAAAUAACUUUCUGCAGCCUUUUUGGAAAGCAAAUGUACAGUGAUUUCCAGUCGGCUUCUAGAAAUAUAAACAGUAGCUUGCACACCCCACUGCCACACUUCCGGACUGGCCUCUGUGAGCCCAUGUUUCUGGCCUGUGUCCCCGGAGGCCCCUGGAAACACUCCCGCCAGCUCCCAUAAAUCCACCAUUCUUCCUGUCUGAGACCCAAAUAUUUUAACCUUUGACUUCUUGCCAUUUUUAACGAUUUAGAGGAUAAGGCUGCCUGUGCCUUUUCCCUUGAAGAAUAAAAUCCCUGCCUCAGGCUUUGUACACCAUUCAUUAAAGGUGACAGGCAGCCAGGUGUUGUGACACACAUGGAUAAUCUCAGCACCCUAGGAGGCUGAGGCAGGAGGAUGGCAAGUUCGAGUCCAGCCUGGGCAACUUAGCAAGACCCUGUCUAAAAUAAAAAAGGGCUGGGGUUGUGACUGAGUGCUUGCCUAGCAUGUGGGAGGCCCUGGAUUUGCUUUCCAGCACUGCCAAGAGAGGCGGGCAAGACAGUGUCAGGAUGGAGCAGGAACACCAAGGGAAUGCUUGAGAUUCCACCCAGAGCCCCCCAGAGAGGCUACAUGGAGAUGAAGCCUCAGAAGUAGAA